CGGCCCGGCUGUGCCCGGAGACAGGGCCGGCCGCUCGGGGGAUCCUCGCCAUUGGCGGGAGAGGUGUAGGUUCACGGCGGGUGGGCGAUGCGGUGCCUGGGUAACCCCUCAGCGUCGCAGUGGGGCGGGCGCAGCAGGGUGCCGUGCACAGGAUGCCCAUUGUCCGGGGGGGCGGGGAGGAUGUGAAACUUUGAUUUGAGACCCUCUUGCCUGUAAAGCGGUGAUGGGGAGCCUUUGGAGCGAAGGGCGCUGGGAGCUAAUGGCGACCCUGGAGUAGGCAGGACCUCGAAUGGCAUCAAUGCCCAGGGCUGCUGCUUGCGGUGACGUCCAGGCUCCCUCAGUGCUCAAGCGUCGGGUAACUUGAGGGAUUGCUAGUAGUGUUCGGCUUUAACUGGACUCUUAUUGAUUGCUGUUUAAUAUAACAUACUGCUUCCUUUUCGGAUGUGGCUACACAGCUUAAACAUACAAUAUGUCUAGCACAAGAUGUAGAAUAGUUUUGAUGUCUUCCAUCAUGUGCAAAUUAUUUCCCCAUCCUAAACUUUUGAGUUUUCCCUUCAGCAGACAGAAAAUGAUUGGACACAUGCACUAUUGGCUUUUGAAAAAAAUUGAAACUUGGUUAUGAUUUAUAACACUAUAUCUGUUUUUCUAAUUCUUCUAUUUUUAUCAGAUGAGCUGCAAAGCCAAAAAAAAAAAAGUUGACUCUUUUUGCUGCUUUGUGAUAUAAUGAAAGCUCAAAAGAUUUAUUUUUAAAAUUUCCGUUGGUCUCUUUACUUCAGAAAUGUACUUGGGAAGGCUCAACUGAAGAGCAAAUAGGGUUAUUCCUAUUCAAACUUUAUUAAGGCUGGGAGGCUAUAAGGGUAAAGAGCCUUACAAGAAUGUUGUAGUUAAGGAGUUGGGAGAUCAUCAUUAAAAAGUCAGGAAACUUAUAGUGAACGUUAAUUAUCAAGAAACAGAAGCAUUUGAAAAUUCCAUACUGUGUAUUAAUUACCUUAUCUCUGCAAGUCAUAAAACCUGAUCUGGUCAUAGAAGGCAUGCCUGUGGAGACACUUUAGUUCUUUUCCAGUCAUACUUGGGUAAUUGUUCGGCUCAUGAACACUCAAGGCCCAAUUUUGCAAGAUGCUGAGUACUACCCUCGUUACCUUACAAGAUUGGGACACUAAACAAAUAGCAAACUCCACUCUGCUAAGGUGAAUCUUUUAAUUGGGCUGUAUGAUUGUGAAGAAGGGCUGUGUUGGUGCAGUUGCUGUUAAAUUAUUUUAGCUCUUACAAUCUGAGGUCUUUUAUGGGGAGGAUAAGAUAGUUUUCAAUCUUCAAAUUUUUCUAGGACAUCACUGACGGCAAAGUUUAAGAUAAUUUCUGUACUCAGAUGUUUGGAUUUCUCGUCUCAUCAUCAUACUGUUUUGGACAGUUCCAGAAGUUAAGAUAUAUGAUGGAGGUUCUGGAAUUGAAAACUUCAGCUAGCCAAGAAGAGACUGGCUGUUAAUAUCCUAGAGCUCAAGGAAAGAUAAAUUCAUUCUCCCCAUUAAUGAUGGGCUGCCAGUUCUGGACAUCCUGACUCAGUGAACUACAUCCCUAGGCAGGUUGGAUCUUCCCAUUGGAUAAGAAUGCUAGAAAGAUUCACUUGUGGAGGUAGAAAGUCUCCUCUUGAUGUAAUCUCUGUGGCCAGUCGCCAAGCUGUCAGUAUUCUCCUGUUUUCGUCUUUGUGAAGAGGUAUUUUUCUCUAGUAAACCUCCUCCAGGUGGAGGAGAAAAAGACAGUGAAGAAACUGGCAACCACUGAGUAACGUCCAAGCAUGUUUUAAGAGUGGUGUGUAUAAUAUUUCAGAUACUCUGGCUCAUAUGAUGUCUCAAAGUCCACUAUUAGGUCUUUGGAACUCCAUGUCCUCCUCCUUCAGUAUCACAAUCUAUCUGGUGUCUUCAGGUUUUAGGACACAAUUCUACAAGAACUGAUGCCAUGGCAGUAUCAGAACAGGCAGAGGAAAACAUCUAAGACAUGGAACUGCUUCAUCAAUCACCUAUUUCUUAUUCAGUGGCGAGGCUGCGUAUUUGACAUAUUGCCCAAGUGUUCAGAGCUAGUUUUAACUUCUGCUUCUCCCUGUGCUCCACUUUUUGUCAUGGAGAUCUGUUGGCAUGGUUGAUUUAAAUGAACAAUUUUAAUCUUAUUUAGCAUUUGUAUUUUUUCAGGUAUUUUCAUUGAGAGGUUCCUUCUUAUUGGUUGGUAUAACUAUAUUAAAGCAUGUUGAUUUGCAACUAAAUAUAGCUUUUAUACCAAAUUUGGUGAUACUUUGUGAACUAGGAAGAUACAAAAAGAAAAGGAGUACUUGUGGCACCUUAGAGACUAACAAAUUUAUUUGAACAUAAGCUUUCAUGAGCUACAGCUAUACAGGCUUAUUUAAGCAGUUAUGUAGCUCAACAUUUAUUCACAUAACUCUUACAUUAUGUUAGAAGAUGGCGAAUGACAUACUUAUUUACUAGAUUUUUUUUUUUGCUUAUUUGUGAGCUGCAUUUGGAUGAAAAUUGGAAUUCUAUUAAAAAGGGAAAACUGAAAUUUAUUUUAAUUGUCUUAAAUGUGCUGGAUAAUAAGAAAAACCAAGCUGGUCAAAACAUAAAUUUUGCUUUUAAAACUGAUUUAUUAAGCAGAAGAGGAGGUAUUCAUUGUAGUUAGUGAAUUGAUGGAUUGUUCCUGGUCACCCUGGACCAGAUUUUCAAAGGUGCCUAAAGAUAUGGAUAAGUGCUUUUGAGAAAUCUCAUUAGAUGCCUGUGCGUAUGUUUAAGGCACCUAGAAUACCUUUGAAAAUCUGGCUCCAUGGUUUUCAAGUUAUUAGAAUUAGUAGAUCUCAUCCUCUCCCACCUGGUUUUUAUUCAUACAUGAGAAGAGGGAAAACAGGCUUUCCUGCUCUUUCAACUCAGUCUGUUACUCAACUUUAACUGAACUUGUCCAAACAAAGAAAAUAUUUUCUCUGCACCUGUCUAAACUGAAACCAAAGGUAAUAAAUUCAAAUAUUUUUCUGUUCAGCACGGCACUUGGUCCAUUAUAAAGAUUGAAAAUAACAGAUACUUAAUGCCAUCCAUAACAGUGACAUGUCAACACAGAACUUGAGUUGAUCACCAAAAGUUAUAUAAAUUAAAAAAGCAGCACCCUUUAACUCAUUAAAGUUUUGAGAGCUCAUUGAUGCAACAUAUCUUUAAUUUAAGUGAUUUUAAUAAAUUAGUUUUAACAUAGGUUGUCAAACGUCAAAGUUAAGCAGUUUUUAAAAGAAAAAUGUAUUAGAUUUUUUUAAUUAAGUCACUUAUUUUUAAUACAUCCUGUCACUUGGUUGGUUUUGUUGCAGCUUGAUGUGGAACUGCUGUGGAUCAGUGGAUAACUGAGGUCAUUCUGCUUGAAUAUGCUUUCCAGUUCACUCUAGCCUCUCAACUCUUCCCCACCAGUGCCUCUUUAGUAUUCUACCUGAAAACUGAACACGUCUUCUACAAUUUUUAAGAUUAUAAGCCACUGAUCAUGAGAUGUUUCCACGAAAUCUACCUCAGACCUCACUUUUGCUCAUUAAUGUGCUGCACCAUUACAGAUCUCAGCAGGAGCUCUGCAAACACUCUUGAAAAAGUCUCGAGAGAACAGAUUGUGACACCAAAUCAGUGCGUGAUGACCUAGUAUUAGGUUGAAGUCUGAAACAUUCGUGAUACAGCAGUCCAAGAUAACACUGCCUAAUGUAUCGAUAUAAUUUCUAAAUGCUACAAGCAGCUCCUGCAGUUUCUUCUUGUUAUACCAGAAACAUUCAUUUGACCUUUCUCCUGCAGAAAGAUCCUUGCUUCUAUAAUCUAGUCUGGAAAUAUUAAUGGAACACAGUCAUGUCUACUCAGGACGAAAGGCAGAUCAAUACCGAAUAUGCUGUAUCCUUGCUGGAGCAGUUAAAAUUGUUCUAUGAACAGCAAUUGCUAACUGACAUAGUGUUGAUUGUUGAGGGCACUGAAUUCCCCUGCCAUAAGAUGGUUCUUGCAACAUGCAGCUCUUAUUUCAGGGCCAUGUUCAUGAGUGGGCUAAGUGAAAGUAAACAAACACAUGUACAUCUAAGGAAUGUGGAUGCAGCCACUUUACAAAUUAUAAUAACUUAUGCAUACACGGGUAACUUGGCAAUAAGUGACAGCACGGUAGAACAGCUUUAUGAGACUGCUUGCUUCUUACAGGUAGAAGAUGUGUUACAGCGAUGCCGAGAAUAUUUAAUUAAAAAAAUAAAUGCAGAGAACUGUGUGCGGUUACUAAGUUUUGCUGAUCUCUUCAGCUGUGAAGAGUUAAAACAAAGUGCUAAGAGAAUGGUAGAGCACAAGUUCACUGCUGUGUACCACCAAGAUGCUUUCAUGCAACUGUCACAUGAUCUACUGAUAGAUGUUUUAAGCAGUGACAACUUAAAUGUGGAAAAAGAGGAGACAGUUCGUGAAGCUGCUAUGUUAUGGCUGGAAUACAACACAGAAUCACGAUCACAGUAUUUGUCCUCUGUUCUUAGCCAAAUCAGAAUUGAUGCACUUUCAGAAGUAACACAGCGAUCCUGGUUUCAAGGAUUACCACCUAAUGAUAAAUCGGUGGUGGUGCAAGGAUUAUACAAAUCUAUGCCCAAAUUUUUCAAACCAAGACUUGGUAUGACUAAAGAGGAGAUGAUGAUAUUCAUUGAAGCUGCUGCUGAAAACCCUGGUAGUCUUUACUCUUCUGUCUGUUAUAGCCCCCAGGCAGAAAAAGUUUACAAGCUUUGCAAUCCUCCUGCUGACUUGCAUAAGGUUGGAACACUUGUAACUCCUGAUAAUGAUAUCUAUAUAGCAGGUGGGCAAGUUCCUCUGAAAAACACAAAAACCAAUCACAGUAAAACUAGCAAACUUCAGGCUGCCUUCAGAACUGUGAAUUGCUUUUACUGGUUUGAUGCACAGCAAAACACUUGGUUUCCAAAGACUCCAAUGUUGUUUGUUCGUAUAAAGCCAUCCUUGGUCUGCUGUGAAGGAUACAUCUAUGCAAUUGGAGGAGAUAGCGUAGGUGGAGAACUCAACAGAAGAACUGUGGAAAGAUAUGAUACUGAGAAAGAUGAAUGGACCAUGGUAAGCCCAUUGCCUUGUGCAUGGCAGUGGAGUACAGCAGUAGCGGUUCAUAACUGCAUUUAUGUAAUGGCCCACAACUUGAUGUACUGUUAUUUUCCCAGGUCGGAUGCUUGGAUAGAAAUGGCUAUGAGACAAACUAGUAGAUGCUUUGCUUCUGCUGCUGCUUUUGGUGACAAAAUAUUCUAUAUUGGAGGAUUGCAUAUUGGCAGCAAUUCUGGUAUAAGACUCCCAACUAGCACUGUAGAUGGGUCUUCCGUAACUGUGGAAGUCUAUGAUGUGAAUAAAAAUGAAUGGAGAAUGGCAGCUAAUAUCCCUGCCAAACGGUAUUCUGACCCUUGUGUUAGAGCUGUUGUAAUCUCCAAUUCUUUAUGUGUCUUCAUACGAGAAACCCACAUGAAUGAGAGAGCCAAGUAUGCCACCUACCAAUAUGAUCUGGAGCUUGAUCGGUGGUCUCUACGACAGCAUAUAUCAGAACGUGUGCUCUGGGACUUAGGAAAAGACUUCCGAUGCACUGUAGGUAAGCUGUACCCAUCUUGCCUUGAAGAGUCCCCAUGGAAACCUCCAACAUAUCUCUUUUCACCAGAUGGGGCUGAUGAGUUUGAGCUGGAUGGGGAGAUGGUUACCCUGCCACCCGUAUAGCUCCCAAAUUAGAGACUGCACACCUGCUUCUGGGCUCAGUUACCUUGAAAUAGAAACUUUAAUGAAAGAACAGGGCUGGAAAUUGAAACAUUAAACCUGUUUUUCAUAAUUGUAUUUUUAUGCCCUACUUAACAUUUGCAGUCAUUCAGUAUGAAUCAUUGACUUUUAUAAGCAGAUAUGCUUCCAUAAUCUGAGAUACUAUCUGAUAAUUGAGAGAAACCUAUAUGUAUAUCAUGAGCUUAAGCAUCUGACUACUGUCUGAAGAAUUAAUUUCUAGUCCUAUGAAGUCUUUCAGUUCAAGAAGAAUCACAGCAGUUACUGUUGCUAGGAUGGUAUGUCACAAUUGUUCUGAAAAUAUCUUCCAGUUAUAUUUGAACUACUUCUGGAUAUUCUACUUUAGUGCUCGUUAUAUAAUUUUCAAUGUGGCCUAAGUAAUGGAAUGUGCUGCACUUAACACCAAUAUCCGUAUCGGUAUAGUAACGUCAUUUAAAAGAAAAAUAAACAAAUCCCAUGGAUCUACCUGUGGUAGGAAGGGUAGAUCUUCCUUUGUAUGGUAACAUGCAGGGCAAAAUGACUGCGGGUUCAGUCAAGGUGUAUUAAGUGCAUGUAUUCUAUUUUCACUAACUUAUACCUGUCUGUUUAGAAUACAGGUCUUCCAAGCAGCUGGUGGUUUACCAGAUGUGGACUUAAAUUGCUGGGCUUGCAAUAGGAAUUGCCAGCCACUCAUAGUGCGGGUCUGUGUGGAGCUUUAAUCAAUAAAUGCCUCCACAUUCUGUAUUACAGUAACAUUGGCUCAUGUAUAAUACUUCCUGCUGCUGAUGUAUUUUUCCAAUGUAAAACAAAGUUUUAGUGUGGAUUAACCAGGUCUUUAUUUUUUGUUAAUUUAAUAACAAGCAUUACUGUAGUGUGAUUGUGUAUAGAUAUCCUUUAGCUAUCAGGUUUUUUACUUUUUGGGGGGGAGCGAAUUGUUCAGGAAUAUUCUGUACGCUGUGUGCAGGAGAGCAGAUGACUAGUGCUGCUCUGGCAUUAAUCCCAGGAACCACUAGCAGUAGCGGGGCGCCGCCAAUCUAACAUGAACACAGGUGCUUCAUGACAACCUUACUAGCAUGUUCAGCUGCAUCAUGUUCUGGCACUGUAUUUUGAAUGACAUUAAUUUAUUAAAAAAAAGACUGAAUCUAAA